AUGUCAAUUCGCACUGCUUCAAUAAAAGAUGUGCAUAGUUAUGUGGGGUUUGCGAAUUUUCCAAAUCAAGUUUUCCGCCGAGCUGUUAAAAAUGGAUUUGAAUUCACUUUAAUGGUAGUCGGUUGUUCUGGUCUCGGCAAAUCUACAUUUUUAAAUUCUUUGUUUUCUGCUGAAAUCUAUGAUCCUAAAAUUCCUUUGACUACUCCACUAUCGGCUACAACCGAGAUUACGGAAAAAACAGUUCGUAUGGUGGAAAAUGGAGUCUCGCUCGAUUUGACUCUCGUGGAUACACCCGGAUUUGGGGAUGCUAUUGAUAAUAAUAAGUGUUGGGAUCCAAUCAUUAAUUUUAUUGAGCGGAAAUAUUUCGACUAUUUUUCUGAAGAAACAAAAAUCGAACGUUCAGCAUAUAUUCCUGAUAAACGUGUACAUCUUUGUCUCUAUUUUGUCGCGCCAACUGGGCAUGGAUUGAAGCCAUUAGAUAUCGAAGUAAUGAAGAAACUUCAUGAUCGGGUCAAUGUAGUUCCAAUCAUUGGAAAAGCAGAUACAAUGACCACUGAUGAAUUGAACCGCUUCAAGGCACAAAUCUUAAAAGAAAUUGAUAAUUCUAAUAUAAAGUUAUAUAAAUUUCCUGAAUAUGAUGAUGAAGAUGAACGAAAACAAUUUGGGCCACUUCGAGAUCGUUAUCCUUUUGCAGUUGUUGGUAGUAAUCAAAUGAAAGAAAUCAAUGGUAAAAGAAUGCGAUUCCGUGAAUAUCCUUGGGGCAUAACCGAAGUUGAAAAUUUGAAACAUAAUGAUUUCAUUGCAGUCAGAGAUAUGAUUAUUAGAACGAAUUUGAUUGAUUUGAUUGUCGUUACAAAAAAUGUUCAUUACGAAAAUUUUCGUUUUCGGCAAUUGAGUAAAGGAUCAAAGACGGAUGCUAAUGAUAGAGAUCCUUUUACACAAAUGGAACAUGAAAGAAAAGUCAAAGAAAAAGAAUUGGAAGAAAAAAAAACCAGCAUGGAAAAUCUUGACGAGCGAGAAAAGGAAAAUCGUAAGGCACUGCAAAAUCGUCGUUUACAGUUGGAACAGCUUAUGAACGAUGUUGUUGAUUUACGAAAAAUUGGUACCCUUUCACGACAAGAAUCGAGAAGCGGCACUCUUCGCUCAGAGUAG